CAACACAUUGAUCAUGUCAUACCUGAUUAUCACUGAAGAAACUUUCAAUCCGUCUGUCUGUUAAAUAAAAAAAGCAUUCCUGUAAUUUACCCAUUCCAUUUAUUUCCACUAUGGAAAUUUGAAUCUCCAUUAAAGUGCGUAACGCAUACUUGUGUCAAAUUUUUCAACGGAGUACGGUAACAGUCCACGGUUCAUCCGAAUUUGACGAAAAUGUAUGAUUCACCUAUAAGCUUGCAAAACGUCUGUGCAAAUUACAUCGGUGAAAAUAUCGAAGCCUUUUGCUGGGCUGAAGGUGAUGAGGAAGCAAUAACACUUACAUUCAAAAAAGGACAUAUCUACUUGCACACUACCUUGUCUGAGCAACUCUUAAACAUCUUGGGACAAAAGAGAAAGAUCAACGAUGAAAUAUUAUCUAUAUUCAACAGUAAUAAUACCAGGUUAGAAAAAGUUAUCAUGCCGAAUGCCAUGAAUCUCACCUGCAAAGGUUUGAAAACCCUCAAACAGCAUCAUAUAGUGGACCUAGAAGCAACACAGUUAAAAGUUACUGUCAGCGAUUUGAUAAGCUCACUCAGUGAAUGGACAAUUGAGAACUUACGGAGCUUAAGUGUUAGUGACUGUACAUUUGUUGACAGCUCUAAAGUGGCUGUUAUGGUCUCUUUGUCCAGACUGAAAAAUCUAAGAACAUUGAAUGUGAGCUACACUGAAUUUAACAAUCACGGCCUAGAAAUCAUUGUUGAAGACUUGCGCCAUCUGGAGUGUCUUGACCUCAGUGAAACCCGAGUUUCAGAAAUAUCUCCGUUGCGAAAAUGCCGUAGCCGUUUACGUGCCCUCGUUAUGCAUAAUCUGAAGAUAUCCGAUGCCGCCAUUCCUGUUAUAAUGGAUCUACCUCGAUUACGGCACCUGGAUGUGUCGAGGAACUCGAACUUUUCGUCACGUUUCCAGCAACACGUCUACGUCCUGCUUGAUCACAUCACACCACCCUUGCCACUCUCUAUCACUGAGCUCCUUCUUGAACCAGGAGCGCUAUGCGAAUUGGAGCACCUAGACAUAUCCGGCUGCGACCGCGUGGAAAUUGACGCCUUAGCCCAAUUUAUUCAGUGUCAUCGAUCAUUGACAUUUCUUGGUCUGCUGGAUUGCGAGGCCUGCUAUGACCAUAUGUUUGUUGAAAAAAUUAGCCCGUAUACUACGUCUUUGCUGGUCACUGGAUCCGCCAAUGAAGAGCAAAUCUUAGAAUCACUCAUUCGCUACCCAAAGCGUGUGAGGUGCACCCAGAGGUCUCUGUAUGAACUAUUUUCUCUAACCCAGCAAUUUUGCGAACCGAGGGUAGAUGUGAUUGAGUUGGUAUUGCGAGCAAUGCGUCUUCAUCCUGAAGAAUUCCAUAUUCAAAUGGCGGCUACCGCUUGUGUGUACAAUUUAACCAAAGGUGACGUCGGCCAGAAAAUUCAUCCGCACGUUCUCAAAGAAGUUGUUCAUUUUACGUUAGCCGCCAUGGAAAAUUUUCCCAACCAUUUGCAAUUGCAAAAGAAUACCCUAUUGACGUUAUGCAGCGACAGAAUUCUACAGGAUGUCACAUUCGACCGUUAUCGUUGCGCGCGGUUAGUUCUAGAUUGCUUAUGCAUCUUUGAUGAUUCUUCGAUGGGCCGUAUGAGCGUAGCAAUAUGCUCUAUUCUGGCAGCGAAAAUUUCGACUUCAGAAACCACAGUUCUGGGGUCAACACCAAAAUACAUGCGCAAGUUGCUAAGGAUGGUAAGAACUAAAAUGGAAUCGAGUCAGGUUGAUAUCACUCUAAAGUUCACACUUUCAGCAUUGUGGAAUCUCACCGAUGAAUCUCCCGAAACAUGUUCAAUAUUUUUACGCGAAGGAGGUUUGGAACUUUUUCUUGAAGUGCUCGAAGCUUUUCCUGGUGAAUCUACUGUCGAAACUAAGAUCCUUGGACUGAUCAAUAAUAUCGCCGAAGUGAAGACUUUGCGCCAUCGAUUGAUUGUAGAUCCAUUCCUUUUGGCUCUUCGUAGGCUUUUGCGCUCUCCGCUCAUCGACGUUGCAUAUUUCGCAGCCGGCAUCAUAGCGCAUUUGGCUUCAGGUGGGGUUGAAUUUUGGACUUCGCGAGCUAUUCCACGACAUGUUAUGCUUGAAGAAUUGGGUUUUGUAGUAAUGGAAUGGAGUAGCCCUGAAAGUGAAAUGGUGGCUUAUCGAUCCUUUUCACCAUUCUUCCAUUUGAUUCUAUGCUAUGAAGCACCACAGGUUCAGCUUUGGGCCCUUUGGGCGAUUCUACAUGUCUGUAGCAAAAACGGAAAGCGUUAUUGCUUGAUGUUGUAUGAAGAAGAAGGAGAUGAAAUAUUGAGUACGAUAGCUGCAAAUUCUAACACAUCAGAAGAAGUGCGUCAAUUUUGCAUUUCAAUAAUGGAUCUACUGAAAAUGCAAGGUUUAGUUCGAAAUGGGAAAAAUGCUUCAAAACUGUCUAUUGAUGAGCCGAAUAGCAAAAUGUUAGAAAAUGAUAUUCAUUCAUAAAAAAUUUAAGAAUUAGGAGAAUAAUAUUUCACGCAUUACGACUUAUGCUUAUGGGAUUGGGAAUGUAUAAAAACAGCCCAUUAAAUUUCCAUGGCCUACAGUACCCACCAAAUUAUUAGGCACACCUCCCCCAUUUACGUGUAUUCUUAUGGCGCUACGGUGUUUUUUAAACUCCCAUUGCUAUUUAAUGUAUACAGGUAGAUUUUUUUUUAAAUUUUUGCUGAUCAGAUUAGGUCGUGAUCUACAAUUCACUAAUACUUAGUUUUUUUGUAGAACUUACCGCUAAGGCUCUAGGUCCUCGUUCACGAAAUAGGCACACCCGGUUUUUCCCCAUAAGCGUAAUGCUAAGACUAGGUUUUUUAAAAUUUUAUAUAAAAUACUUAGAGUUAAGCUAAAAAAAUUCAUUUUUCCCAAAAGAUAUAGCAUUCCUUACUUAAUAUAGAUGUAAUGUUAUUUUUUCAAAAAUAAUUUUUCUCAAUACCCCUCCCUAUCCCUUGAAGUUAACUCCCGUCUAAGUUUUGGGACGGAAAGUGUACUUCACACUUGGUCACCAGAGGCGCUGCAAUGCAGCUAUUUGCCGUUAAUGUUUGAAAUUGUUGGGGGGUUUUUAAAAACAUAAUGGCUAUCAAUAAGAGCAGACAAAGUUUUAUUUAUUCUUUGUACUGUUUAUUAAGAAUUAAGUUAAAAGAUUAAAUUAAGAAGAAGAAAGCCAUUAUGUUCUACAAAAAAACUAAGUAUUAGUGAAUUGUAGAUCACGACCUAAUCUGAUCAGCAAAAAUUUUUAAAAAAAUCUACCUGUAUCCAUUAAAUAGCAAUGGGAGUUUAAAAAACACCGUAGCGCCAUAAGAAUACACGUAAAUGGAGGAGGUGUGCCUAAUAAUUUGGUGGGUACUGUAUAUUAUUACGGAAGAUUGAGCAUCUUCUCCUUUUAUUUGGCUAGUCAACUGUGAUUUUGAAGAUGUAGACCUUUACCAAUGCUCUUGUGAUUUGUUGUUUUGUAUUCUAGAAGUUAUAGGCAUCUUAUCAGGAAACGAAAUACAAAUAUAUGAAAGUCGUAAA